GAUGAGGGCUGCCAUCUCACUGCUGGUGCUGCUGCUCUCCAUGUGUGGAGUCCAGACAGAGAGUCAAGGCACUGACGCCUCUACCCAGCUGGACGUCUCUACUGAGCUGAAGGAACUCAGAGACAUGGCGGUGGAGCUGAGAGGAAGGCUUGUGGCCAGUGAGAGUAAGGUGGAGGCUCUGGAGAGGGCACUACAGGACACCAAAGCAGAAUUGAAGACGGAGGUGGACAAUCUGAAGAAGGAAAAUUCAGCACAAGAGGCAGAACUGACGGCAGUGAAGACCAGACUGGCAGCCACUGAGACGGAAGUGGAGAAUCUGGAGAAAGAGAUCAAAGCAGCACCCAAGGUGGCCUUCUCAACAGGUCUGAGGGAAUCUGGUUCAGGAUACAUAGAGUCUGGGAGUAAUGACCUGAACGUAGUGUUCAAGAGAGUCAUCACCAAUGUAGGAGAGGCCUACAGCAGCACAACUGGCUUCUUCACAGCUCCAGUCAGGGGGGUCUACUACUUCAGGUUCACUGUUGCGGAUCAUCUAGACUCACGCCUCAUGCGUAUCAGGAUGUAUAAGAAUGGAGAGAAGCUCAUGUAUCUGGAUGAGUAUGACAUUGAUGGACAGGCCACCUAUCUGUGCAGUGGCCUGGCUCUGCAGCUGGAGAAGGGAGACACAGUAAACAUGGUGCUACCAGCAGGCAGCAGACUCUGGGAUCAUAGUGUAUAUACCUUCAGCACCUUCAGUGGCUUCCUGCUCUUCCCUCUCUGAACGCCACAACAAUAAAUGUAAUCAUUUUAGGGAUGCAAAUUAUCGAUUCAUUCAUUAAUUAUUAGUUGAUAGCCUUAACGAUCGACUUACGAUGAAUCGAUAAGCAGCGUUUUCCCCCCGAAAUCUCAAUAUUUCCUCGGCGUUUCCGAAGAAAAACUACUAAUUUGAAUUAAAAAUUUAGUUAAAAUACCACAUUUAAAUGAAUUCUAUUUCAAUUCUUUACUCCAAAGGUGAUUUAAAUAUUCCCACUAUUCACACCCCUCUAUACAUGCCCAUUUCACCUGGGUCUCGUCAGUUGUAUUGUCGAUUAAUUGCGAUUAAUGUUUUUUAAUCGAUUA